AUGGAGGAGCCCGGCUCGUUGGUCACGGGAGACCGCGCCCGUGGCUAGAGCUGGUGCUUGCGGCGGGUAGGGAUGAACGCCGAGUGGCUGCUGCUGGAGGACGGAAACGAGGUGACUAUAGGGCGAGGAUUUGGUGUCACAUACCAACUGGUAUCAAAAAUCUGCCCUCUGAUGAUUUCCCGAAACCACUGUGUUUUGAAGCAGAAUGUCGAGGGCCAGUGGACAAUUAUGGACAACAAGAGUCUGAAUGGUGUUUGGCUGAACAGAGAACAUCUAGAACCUUUAAAGUUCUAUUCUAUCCAUAAGGGAGACCACAUCCAGCUCAGGGUACCUGUGGAGAAUAAGGAGAAUGCAGAGUAUGAAUAUGAAGUUACUGAAGAAGACCAGGAGAGGAUGUAUCCUUGUCUUGCCCUAAAGAAUGACCAGAUGAUAGGAAAAAAUAGGGGAUUGAGAACUAAAAGGAAAUUUAGUUUGGAUGAAUUGGAGGGUUCUGGAGCUGAAGGCCCCUCAAAUUUGAAAUCCAAAAUAAGUAAACUGUCUUGUGAACCUGGUCAACCAGUGAAGUCUCAUGGGAAAUGUGAAGUGGCCAGUCAACCCUCCGAAUAUCUGGAUCCUAAGUUGACUUCCCUUGAGCCGAGGGAGAAGGCCACAAAGGCUCAUGUUCACCCUGGCUCCACAAAAGUCAUAGAGCUUCAUCCUAAGAAGCAGAAAGCCUCAAACCCUUCAGCAUCUCAAAGCAGCUUAGAGCUGUUCAAGGUGACCAUGUCCAGGAUUCUGAAGCUGAAAAUACAAAUGCAGGAAAACCAGGUAGCUGUCUUGAAGGUGAAAAAGCAGACCCAAAAAGGGAACUCAAAGAGAAUUAUGAAAAUGGAGCAGGAGCUGCAGGACUUACAGUCCCAGCUGUGUGCAGAGCAGGCCCAGCAGCAGGCCAGAGUGGAGCAGCUAGAGAAGACUUUCCAGGAAGAGGAACUGCAUUUCCAGGGUUUGGAGAAGGAGCAAGGAGAAGAGGACCUGAAGCAACAGUUGGCCCAGGCUCUGCAGGAGCAUCGGGCUCUAAUGGAAGAACUAAAUCGGAGCAAGAAGGACUUUGAAGCAAUCAUUCAAGCCAAGAACAAAGAAUUGGAACAGACCAAGGCUGUCACCUUGAACUGUGCCCACAGUUUCUGCUCCUACUGUAUCAAUGACUGGAUGAAGCAGAAGGUAGAAUGCCCCAUUUGUCGGAAGCACAUCAAGUCCAAAACUCACUCCCUGGUUCUGGACAAUUGCAUUAAUAAGAUGGUAGAUAAUCUGAGCUCAGAAGUGAAAGAACGACGAAUUGUCCUCAUUAGGGAACAAAAAGCAAAGAGACUGUCCUGAAGACCAUGCUCCAGGGGCAUUUGAGGGACUGCCAGGCAGUGGAAGCUUGGGAGGGUCUGGAGGAUUAUCUGUGGACAGGUCUUGGGCCUCUCUGAGAUGGCGCUC